GCAGCAGGCGCGUGACCGACGAACUCGUCGCCAGCGUCGCCAGCGUCGUCGGCGAGCUGCGCGCGGUGGACGUCCACGUCGCCACCGAGAAGUCGCCCCCGCUGGCCGGCGCGCCCGCGGCGGCCGCGGCGAUCGAGGGCCGCCUGGCGCAGGCAGCCAGGGCGCAGCCAGCGGGGGCCGCCCGCAAUCUUGGGGUGGACUGGGCCCUGGCUGGGCGGGCGGCCAGGCUCGCCCGUCGGCUUCGCUUCAAGCAGGCCGCGCGGCGGGCCCCUCGCCCCAGGGGGCUCUUGGGCCCAGGGCGCCGCCGCGAUGUCGCGGCGAGGAUCUUCAGGCAGGGCGCCGAGGCCAGCUUCGCCCACGGCGUCUGCUGCGCGGGCCUCAGCGACGCCGACCUCAACGUCGCGCGCGCGCUGACGUUCAAGUCGGUCGAGAUCGGGCCCUCUGGCAAGAGCCGCGCCGCCGCCCUCGCCACCAUCGGCAGGGCCUGCGACCCCGUGUUCAAGGCGAUGUUCUACCCAGCGCGCAUGCUGCACAGGGCCGUCCGGGGGCGGCGGCUCCCCAGGCAGGCCGUGGACAAGGUCUUCACGGUUGCCCUGGCCGCUUCAGGCAGCCGGGCCAACUGCCGCGGCCCCGUGGACGCCAGCGACGCCAGCCCGUGGCCUACCAAGAAGCUGCUCGGCCGCAACUGCGAGCACCGGCAAGCCGAGCAGCUCAGCAAGCACGGCGCCUCCGGGCUCGACGUCGGCAACAUUUUCGGCCAGCUUCAGGGGUGGGCGGCUAGCGGCCGUGGCACAUCCCAGGAAACGCGGAGUUGGUCCAGCCACAGCAGCGAGCAGCGCGGAUACCUCAGGCCCUGCAUCGUCGACGGCCAGUGGACCAACGCCAGAGAGCACGGCAACAACCCGAGGUGCGCCCCCUCGGACUUAUGCGAGCUCUGCUCCGACCAGGUCGGCGACGUCUGGCACAGGCACCUCUGCUGCAGCGCCAUUCAGGACCGCGGCCUCAGCCUCCCGCGCGAGAUCGCCUUGCUGCUGCCGCAGAAGGACAACGCGGUCGUCAAGUACCUCGUCGAGCGCGAAGUCGACCCAGGCGCUGGCAGCCGCGCCAAUCCGCUGGGCGCGCCUCCGGUCGGGCUCUGGCAGAGCAUCGAGGGCGUGGAGCUGCUGCCGGUGCUCAUCGUCCUGCGGCGCGCCAUCCCGCCAGUCGAGCUGUACUGCGACGCCAGCUUCGUCGUCGACGGCAUCAACCUUCGGGGCGAGGCCCGCGCGACGCUGGCGUCUUCAGCGUGGGGGCAUCUGGCGGCAGGCGUGGCAGGCGCUCCGCGAGGGCCCACGAUCGCCGAGGUCAAGGGCCACGCCGCCCUCGCCCACGUCGCCCGCGGAAUCAUCGCGAGGAAGCAGCGCCGCGGCAACUGCGAGGCCGUCCACGUCGCAGGCGGGAUCGCCUACCACCUGCGCGCCCAGCUUUGCAGCAGGCCUGCCGACGGCGCCGACAGCCGACUAGGAGAGCUCGGCCCAGAUCGUGGCCAGGACCCCGCGCCGAGCGCGGCGGGGCAGGCGCCCGCGACCGCAGGCGCGCGCGGCUCGCCCCGCGGCCGGGGCCCCGCGCCGAGCACGGGGGGCCGGCCGCCCGCCGCCGCGGGGGCCACGGCGGCCCAGGGCGCCGCCGCGGCCAGCGGCCAGGUCCCCUGGGGGCCCGUUGCCCUUAAAUUUAAACGUUGGUGUUGUAUCCGUUAA